AUGGAGCAUGCUUCACCGCUUGCGGACCUGCAAGCUGAGGCCAUCUGGCUCUCUCGAGCACGACGGGCCAAGAAAGCACGGAAGAGCCUCCAACAUGGACAGAGCUGCAAGGAGGAUGUCCCCAUGCUGUCCAUCUCAGAACAGGACUUGAAAGCAGAAGCCGCGGCGCUGCGGCGUGCUCACCGAGCAGUGUAUGGGUCCCAACACCCGCGAGCAGGCCUCAACGCAGGUCACUUGAGCCCCAGCCAGUCAAGUCCGGGUCAAGAAGGCCUGGUCGAGGCAGAGGGCUUUGAGGCCACGGAGGAUCAGAGCCCAGUGACAAGCAGAGGCCUCCGAGGAUACGGCAGCAGUGACCGUGAGGAGGAGCUGAGGGCUCGGCUCGAUGUGGCCGAGGAUCUUUUGCAGAAAACCAGGCCGCAAGCCCAGGAGGCAGCAGUGUUGCGCCGAAGAUUGGCCGCAUCAGAAACCCGGGCAGCCGAGAUGGAGGCUACAAGCCGUGUGGUGCUGCGGCUCUGUCAGGAGCUCUCGGCAGCUCUGGAGCUUCAAAAUGUGGAGUUUCAACGCUACGUGGAUGCGAUCAGAAGACAGACAGGACCUUUCCUGGAGCAGGCUACUCUCAUCGAGGCUGAGCUGGGGGCGGUUGCUUCCAGCGCCCCUCAGCAAGGCGAGGGCGCAGACGCGAGGUUGCUGGAGGAGCUCCAAAGCGAGCGACGCCAGCGGACACAAAAGGAAUCGGAGCUGGGUGAAGUCAGGCUUCAACUAGCCAGGACCGUCACCGACUUGCAAGAUGCAGAAUCGAGGGCAAACAAGCUGUCUGCGAAGCUGACUCACUCUGACAUGGAGCAGAACCAAGACCCUGGCGCUCUUGAGGAUCAUCAAGUGCGGGGAGACUCGCCGGCCAAGGCAGAGGCUUCCAUCGACCAACAUCGGGACCCGAUGAGUCCUUUUCGGCAGGAUCAGUUGAUUGAGGAGAAGAGGUCCCGUGCACAGCACCGAAAACAGCGGCGUAUGGAAGAAGCCGUGUUGCCACAGGGGCGCGUGGCAGCCUCCGCCAUCAGCUCUCUCUCCAAAGGCAUGGUUGUCAGCAAGCUCUGUGCUGGGACUUCGCAGUGGCAGCGGAGACUCAUGCAGCUCUCGCCAGCUCCACCCGCGGGCCCGCAGAAGCUGACGUGGUCGAAAGACAUAGGUCGCAGGGUCUUCGGCCGCCGCCUCACAAGCAUUGACUUGAAGGAGGUGACCAAUGUUGGUUUGGGUGCGGACUCCCUGCCCGACAAAUUGCGACACAAGGAAGCCUCCUGUGGGUGGCGCUGCUUUUCACUCUGGACUGCCAAGCGGUCUUUUUUCUUCAAGGCCGAGAGCGACGUGGAUGCGGAGCACGCGGUCCUUGCCCUGUCCCGCUUGUGUCCUGCCACUCAGCCCAUACCUCUACGCUCUGUGAUCCUACAUCGCGCCUUUGGAAAGCUGGGACCAGACCCGGCCACGCGAGCUGCAACGUUGCUGCAGGCUCUGAGGCAGGCAGGGCGUGGCAAGGAAGACUUUGUCGAGGAGCAGCAAGAGGAGCCGUCGGAAGGGGAGGAGAGCAGCUCCCCAAGUGCUGACGACAUCGAGGCUCUUCCACGUCCUCCACUGUCUGAUGUCACACCUGUCCAGAAAGUCGUUCAGAUGCUGGAAAACAUGAAAGAGAAGGGGGUGAAAGAGAUGGAGGAGGAGCAGGUUCAGUACACGGAGUUCUCGCAGUUCUGUGAGAUGACCCUGGCCGAGAAGAAGAAAUCCAUCGAUGACGCCAGCGACAAGCUGGAGACCCUGGAAGCUGACAUCGAGUCGGCAGCCGCCGAUGCAGAUCGUCUCAGCACUGAGAUUGCCGGCCACGUGGCCGACAUCGAGACCACCAGCGGCGAGAAGAGCAAAGCCACCGCCAUCCGUGAGAAAGAGCGCACCGACUUUCGCGCGGCUUUGAAGGACUACACGGAGUCCAUCGAUGCCAUUCGCAGGGCCGUGAAGGGCUUGAAGGCGGAGGAUCAGAAGACGGCUCUGGUCCAGCUCUCUCGCGCCCGCAGCAUGAAGCUGCUUCCCAGCGCUGCUGCCGACAGCAUUGACGAGUACCUGAGCAACCAUGGCCCUAAUGACCCUACGAGUAAGUCCAGCUUGGUCAUGCAGCAGGUCAAGGCUGGGAACUCGGCAGCCGAAGAGCCCAAGACUUACGAAUUCCAGUCUGGCGGCGUGAUCAGCAUGCUUGAGAGCCUGGAAGAGAAGUUCGUGGAUGAGCGUGUGAGCCUCGAGAAGGAGGAGGCGAGCAAGCGACAUGCUUUCGAGAAGCUUUCGGCGAGCUUGGAAGCCAAGUUGACCCAGUCCAAAAAGGAGCAGGAAGACAAGACUCAGUUCAAGGCCAAAAGGAUGCAGAACAAAGCAAGCUCAGAAGGAGACCUUGAAGAGACCAAGACUGCGAAGGCAUCGGAUGUGAAGUACUCCGCAGACCUGCAGGCCACCUGCGACAAGAAGUCCAAGGCCUACAAAGAGCGCCAGCAGCUCCGCCAGGAAGAGAUCGAUGCCAUCGGCAAGGCCACGGAGAUCAUCGCCAGUGGCGCUGUUGCGGGAAGCGCCGAGAAGCACUUGCCGAGCUUGGUGCAGGCGGUGCAGGCGGCGCAGUCGACUGCCUUGGCCUUCCUUCGCUCGGAUCACCACUCCCCGAAGCAGGAGCAGGUGGCCAAGUUCUUGCAGCGCCGCGCCUCGCAGCUAAACAGUCGCGUCUUGUCCUCCGUUGCCUCCCGUGUGGGUGCGGACCCUAUCGCGAAGGUGAGGACCAUGAUCGAGGACUUGCUGACCAAGCUGCAGAGCCAGGCAAACGAAGAAGCCACGAAGAAGGGCUGGUGCGAUGCAGAGAUGGCCAGCAACAAAGCCACCCGAGAGGAGAAGUCCGAUGUCAGCGAUGCACUGCAAUCUGAGAUCGAUGAGACCUCCGCCUCGAUUGCUGGUUUGGCGGAAGAGCUGACGACCUUAGAUGCCGAGCUCGCGGAGCUCGGCGGUGCCAUGCAGAGCGCCACGGAGCUCCGCAAGAGUGAGGAAUCGAAGAACGCAGCGACCAUCAAGGACGCCAAGGAGGCUCAGACGGCGGUUGCGGAGGCACUCACUGUUCUGAAGGACUUCUAUGCCAAAGCCGGUGAGGCAACUUCUUUGGUCGAGACGUCUUCUGUCAUGGACGCAUCCAAGCCCAAGAUCUUCAGCGAUGAGCCUUACAAGGGCAUGGGCGCUGAGGGUGGAGGUGUAAUGUCCAUGCUCGAGGUCAUCGAGGCUGAUUUCGCUCGCCUCCAGGCUGAGACAGAGUCCGCCGAAGAGGCCGGCAAGAAGGAGUACGAAGAGUUUAUGGAGGAUUCCAAGCUGGACAAGGCCACAAAGACAAAGACCAAAGAGCACAAGUCUAGCAAAAAGCAGGCCAAGAGCCAAGAGCUCACGAUGCUCCAAGCGGAUCUUCAGGGAACUCAGAAGGAGUUGAAUGCUGCCAACGACUACUUCGAGAAGCUGAAGCCCGAUUGCAUCGACACUGGUGCCUCCUAUGCCGAGCGCAAGGCACAAAGGGAGCAAGAGCUUAAAGACUUGCAGGAGGCCAUGGACAUGCUCACCAGCGUCUGA